AUGAAACGACAUCGUGGGCGUCUGUCGUCCAAGCUCGCCGCGACAUGGAAGCCAGAAGACAUGGCGCAGAAUGCGGAACACGAGAGCCAGACGGACCACGUCAAACUUCAGACCGAUGGAACCACCGAUCAAGACAAGAUGCAUGCUCCCACACACGCACCGCUAUCACCCAAUCCUCGUGUCCCCCUAGUCCACCGCCUGCUCGCCCACUCGUCCGGCACGGUCACAAGCGACGAAUCACACGUGUCCACCCAUCACCCGCUGCAGGAAUGCGAGAAUGCGCCGCGGGCAGAGGCACAGCAGGCGGUCUCUCCGCUGCCACCGCCGAGCGCCAGGCCACAGCAGACACUCCAUGGACUGAACGGCUGCCGCCCACCCGUCGCGUCCUCGUCGCACUCUACUUACCCGCCCACUCGUCCAGCGACGAAUCGCGACAGUCCGCCUAGAUCACCUGCCCACUGGCUUGGUCCGUCACCAACACGCCCGCAUCAGCGACAGGAGGAAGAUGCCGCCGCGCAGCCUGGGCGCCGAGCGGCCACGAGCCAUCCGCAGACAGAGUACGCCGCCUCGCGCGCCGCAUCCGCGCAUGGCGCCCCAGCGCCCGCGUCCCGCUCCCUGCUGGGUGUUCCACGCGCACAACGCCAAGCCCGCGCUGACACAGCAUUCACAGCAGCGCGCAGCAGCGUGCGAGGGGCGUGCGCGGACGCGGAAGCGAGCCCCGCGUGGCGCUCGCUAUCUGGCGAGCGAGCGGUACGCGCUCUGCCUCUCUGCGCUGGGCAUCGCCGGACCGUCUGCGACGCGAACGACGCGCACCGCGUCACGCGUGGACAAGACCGCGAGGAGCAGGUUUCCUCGUCGGAUUACCGCAUCUCAGACGUCCGCGCAGCCUUUAGCUUUUGA